AUCUCUAGCCUGAACGGGUCGUUCUGUGGGCAGGCCCACCAUGAUGUCUCUGUUUAUCCAAGCCAUCCAUCCCUUUUCUUGUAUCAUUUUAAGGCAUUGAGAAUAAAAAUAAGGUAGAUCCAACGCUUAAAUGGACCACACCACUUAUUGCUCUUGCAUUUAAUGCAACUGACAUUAAUGCCUUGUGCAUUUAAUGCAACCGAGCUUAUUAUUUGAUGUGGUCCACUUGAGCGUUGUAUCUGCUUCAUUUUUUGAUUAUGCCUUUAAAUGAUUUGAGAAAAGGAAUGGACGGCUCGGAUAAACAGAUACAUCACGGUGAGGCCGCCCACAGAACUACCCGUUUGGUGCUAGAGACGAGCGGGGGAAGGACGCAAUCCGCGUCCGUGGAUCUGAUGAUGAUGGGCCUGGUAAGUUCCAAGUGCCAACACAUCCGGUUUUCUUUUCUCUUCUCGUAAUGGGCUGCACCACAUAGCAGCAUGGCAAUUCUAUGUGCUUCAUCACUGUCUUAAGGUUUGGGAUCACAUCAUAAAAUGACAAGGAAAAAAACAGAUGAACAGCGUGUAUAUACAAAAAGUACAUCAAUGUGGGCCCCACACGGUUAGGGUAACACCAAUGGUAGAUGUUACUGGGGUAACUGCGAAUCCGCUCCCUCCUUCAGUAAGAUCCGUACUCGCUAUUAAAAUAGUUUAUAAAGAUAAGGUAAUGGAGAAAUCUGUGGAUAGAAAGAUGAUCUCCACUAGGUUUCUUCCUUUACUCUUCAUCAUCUUCCUUCUUGCAUUCCUCGGGCCAACAUCCAAACGACACAAAAAUCUCCCACCUGGGCCUCAGCCAUUGCCAAUCCUAGGCAACCUUCUACAGCUUGGAAACAAUCCACAUCUUACAUUGGCCCAGUUGGCCCGAAUCUAUGGCCCACUAAUCUGAUUCUGGCUGGGAGCUAAGCUCCUCAUCGUGGCAUCCUCCCCAUCGGCUGCUGCCGACGUUCUCAAGACCCAAGACCGCCUUCUCUCUGCCCGUGACAUCCCUCACACGUACCGCAUCAAGGAUUACAUCUCAUUCUCCCUGGGGUUCGCAUCUGAGUGCAACGAGAGGUGGAAGGCGCUGCGGACCAUCUGCAAGACCGAGCUCUUCACGACGAGGAUGUUGGAUGUUCAAACCCAUUUGAGAGAGAAGAAAGUGUCGGAGGUGAUUGGGUUUAUAUUCAGUAAAGAAGGAGAGGAGGUGAAGAUCGGCGAAAUGGCAUUCGCUGCAGUUUUCAACACCAUCGGCAAUGUUAUUUUCUCAAGAGAUGUUCUACAGCUGGGGGAUGAUAGUAAGAAUGCUGCUUCUGGGCUGAAGGAUGAUUUUUCGAGACUUCUCCAACUGGGCAUGGUACCGAAUCUGGCAGAUUUCUAUCCGGUGCUCAGGUCCAUGGAUAUUCAGGGACUGAAUCGGGAGGCAACGGUGUUAAACAAAAGGAUAAUUGAUAUAUGGGAAGAGUUCAUUCAAGAAAGGCGAGCGGCAGGCUAUGAUGAUGGUGAUGCCAAGAGUGACUUCUUGGAUGUUUUGCUCUCUGCUGGAUACGAAGAUCUUCCUAUUAAGGCCUUGAUUUCGGACAUGUUUGUUGCAGGGACUGAUACAACCACCACACUGACUGAGUGGACCAUGUCAGAGCUGGCUAGAAAUCCCACAGUGAUGAGAAGAGUCCGCGAUGAAUUGCAAAUGGUUGUCGGUGCCGAGAAAGUGGUGAAAGAGUCCCAUCUCAAUCACCUCAACUAUCUCCAUGCAUGCGUUAAGGAGUCCCUUCGAUUGCACCCACCAGCCCCACUUCUACUCCCGCACCAAGCCCUCGACACAUGUAACUUUAUGAAUUACACCAUCCCAAAGGACUGUAGAGUGAUGGUGAAUGUAUGGGCCAUUGGAAGAGACCCUGGAAUUUGGAAAGAUCCGCUAACAUUUUUGCCAGAGCGGUUUCUAGAGACUAGUGUAGAUUACAAAGGGAACCAUUUUGAGUUCACGCCAUUUGGUGCUGGAAGGAGAAUCUCCCCUGGUUUACCGUUGGCUACUCGUAUGGUUCAGCUUAUUCUCACUUCUUUCAUCCACACAUCUGAAUGGUCGCUUCCACAUGGAAUGCAGCCUGAUGAUCUGAACAUGGAUGAGAAGUUCGGCUUAAUGCUCGAGAGAAAACAUCAGCUAGUGCUCGUUCCCAAAUCAGUGGUUUAGAUUGCUAUCAAAUGUAUUUAUUUGA